AUCAGUGAGUGAGGUGGUGCAGUUUAUGAUGCUGGGGAUCAUGGGAGAUAGGCUGGGAAGUAGCGUAUAAGAGGAGAAUAGCAACUCUCUAUGGGUCUGUCAGCGGUGACUGGUGGUGUUGGUUGUUGUUCAUUUGAUAGAGCUGACGGUGUCAAGAGAGAGUGUGAUGUCGAGCCUGGAAAAAGAGUGCGGUGCCAGUUUCCCGGAGCUGAUACGUCGCAAGAGGGAUGGCGGACAACUUUCCAAGCAGGAGAUCCGUUCUUUCUUGCAUGGGGUCACGACUGGGAGCAUCCAGGACGCCCAGAUAGGUGCUAUGCUGAUGGCGAUUUGGCAGAAAGGUAUGGUUGCAGAGGAGACCGUGGUUUUGACCCAAGAGAUGAUGCUGUCAGGAGAAGUUCUGCAGUGGUCAAAGGCCUGGGAGGGGCUUGUGGUUGAUAAGCACUCUACGGGCGGUGUCGGUGACAAGGUCAGCCUGCCCCUUGCCCCAGCCCUGGCUGCCUGUGGCUGCAAGGUGCCUAUGAUAAGUGGACGAGGGCUCGCACACACAGGGGGGACGCUGGACAAGCUCGAGUCCAUUCCUGGAUUUUCAGUCUUCCAACCAGUGGAGAAGGUCCGUCAGAUCUUGGAGGACGUUGGCUGUUGCAUUGUGGGUCAGACAGAAACCCUUGUGCCUGCGGACCGAGUGCUGUAUGCGCUGAGAGACGCCACGUCCACAGUGGACAGUCUACCACUCAUCACAGGGUCUAUCCUAUCUAAGAAGGGGGCAGAAGGUCUGAAUGCUUUAGUGUUGGAUGUGAAAUUUGGCAAAGCAGCUUUGUAUAAGGACUUAGACAGUGCCCGUGGUCUUGCACAGUCAAUGGUAACCGUAGGCAACAGUAUGGGAAUACGAACAGGGGCCGUGCUUAGCCGUAUGGACGCACCGAUUGGCCGUCAGGUGGGAAACACCUUGGAGGUGUGUGAGGCACUUGAGUGCUUAAAGGGACAUGGACCCGAUGAUCUGCAAGAGCUGGUCACCUCUUUGGGUGGGUACCUGCUGUGGAUGAGCGGGCACGCCGCAUCUCUGGAGCACGGACAGAAAGCGCUGGCCGAGGUCCUACGAAAUGGGGCAGCCUUGCAGAAAUUCGAGGCCAUGCUACAGGCCCAGGGGGUGUCCGCGGAUAUCGCCCGAUCCCUCUGCUCCGCACAGUGUGAUUACUUCCUCCAUCUGAGGCCAGCCGAGCAUAAGACGGAGCUGACAGCACAGAGUGAUGGUACAGUAAUCGACAUUGAUGGCAUGGUGGUAGCUGAAGUCCUCCAUAAGUUAGGAGCAGGACGCACAAAAGCUGGGGAAAGCAUCAACCACAGUGUGGGGGCAGAGCUUCUUGUUAACCUGGGGCAGAAGGUUAAAAAAGGAGAACCUUGGCUCCGGAUCCACUACGAUCGGCCCGCAUUGGAUGCACAGCAACGCUCUGACCUGCAGGCGGCCUUGCUAAUUGGCAAGGCUGACAGUUACCAUGCCAACCCUCGGGUGGCCGAAUUUAUUCUUCCUCAGUGAUACUGCAUUUUAGCGUUCUAGGACCUUCCCCCUUCCUCAUGGAAUUUGGGACAGUUGCACACAAGGCAUCCAUAAUUCAAGACUGCUGUGUUGAUACUUUUUGAAAUGUAUCACAAAAUGUUUUCCUGUUCAUGAACCCCAUUCAUUUGAACAUUUCUUCCUCUGACACGUAUGGAUACUUACAUGUGAACAUACUAAUGGAUGGUGGAACCACUAGAUAGUUACCAUGGUAACACUGAAAGACAUCUUGUAGAUGUUAGGAAUAGGAUGAAAUUGCCUUGGCAUUCUCUUAAGUGAUACUCACAGGCAAGUAAUAAUGCUUAUCAAUGACAUAACCCUUCUGUAAUUAAAUAAAUCGGAAUGUUAUCGAUAAA